UCUUCUCUCUCUGAUUCUUGAUCUCGUUAGCCAAAUGUCGAAUAUUGCUGACGUGGCUAUGACCCGGAGCUACCUUUCUCCGGUGCCAUUUCUUGUUUUCUUCAGAGAUUCAAGGAAUGUAUUCAAGAUGGAUUCGCUUGGACGUGAGAUUCUAAGCAUUGCGUUUCCUGCUGCGUUGGCAUUAGCCGCCGACCCUAUCGCUUCUCUCAUCGACACUGCUUUUAUUGGUCGUUUAGGGCCUGUGGAGAUUGCAGCAGUGGGAGCGGCCAUUGCCAUAUUCAACCAAGCUUCAAGAAUUACGAUAUUUCCUCUCGUGAGCAUCACAACAUCCUUUGUCGCGGAAGAGGAUACAAUGGAGAAGAUGAACAAAGAAGCUGCAGAGAAAAAGGUCUCAAACGCCAUCGUUGUUCCUGAGAGAAAUGCCGAAGAAACCGGACAAUCCAUCCCCGAAGAUGCUAUGGAGAAGGGCAUAGUUUCUUCAGCCGCCGCCGCCGUCAAGGAGACUAUAGAAACGCCUCUUCCCCCCAAAAACGGUACCUUUGAUCAUUUUCGGGUUUCGGGUUUCUAAUCAAAACACAAGAAAAACUUCACCAUACGCUCUGCAUCAACUGCGCUGAUUCUCGGAUUGAUUCUUGGAUUCUUGCAAGCUGUUUUCUUGAUUUUCAGCUCAAAGGGACUUCUAGGGAUCAUGGGGGUGAAGCAGAAUUCGCCCAUGUUUCCACCGGCGAAGAAGUACCUGACGUUACGCUCUCUGGGCGCUCCAGCCGUUCUUCUCUCGCUUGCCAUGCAAGGCAUCUUCCGCGGGUUUAAGGACACCAGAACUCCUCUCUAUGCCACUGUUGCUGGAGAUCUGAUGAAUGUCGUGCUGGAUCCGAUCUUCAUUUUUGUGCUGCGUCUUGGCGUCAGUGGUGCUGCCAUUGCUCAUGUUCUUUCUCAGUACUUGAUAUGUCUGAUUCUGUUCCUCCGUUUGGCAAAGAAAGUCAAACUGAUGCCACCGAGUCUCGGCGAUUUGCAGUUCAGCCGAUUCCUCAAGAACGGGUUUCUGCUUCUUGCAAGGGUUGUGGCAGUGACAUUCUGUGUGACCUUAGCUGCAUCAAUGGCGACUCGUCUCGGUUCAAAUCCUAUGGCGGCCUUCCAGAUCUGUUUACAGGUCUGGUUAACGUCUUCGCUUCUUGCUGACGGUCUUGCCGUUGCUGGUCAGGCUAUUUUGGCUUGUGCAUUUGCUGAGAGGGACUACAACAAGGUGACUGCAGUUGCUUCUCGUGUUCUACAGAUGGGUUUUAUACUAGGAUUGGGACUGGCACUUUGUACGGGACUGGGUCUGUACUUUGGUUCCGGAAUGUUCUCGAAGGACCCUAAUGUCAUUCACUACAUAACCAUCGGCAUACCGUUUGUGGCGGCGACGCAGCCCAUAAAUUCCUUGGCCUUUGUGUUUGACGGAGUCAACUUUGGAGCGUCCGACUUUGCUUACACUGCUUACUCUAUGGUUGCAGUUGCGGCAGUAAGUAUUGUAGCAGUGAUAUUUCUGGCGAAGAGCAGUGGGUUUGUUGGAAUUUGGGUGGCCCUUACCAUCUACAUGGCCCUUCGAGCCAUUGCUGGAAUUGCAAGGAUGGGAACGGGGACGGGACCAUGGAAGUUCAUGCGAAGCCAAUCUUUUAUCUUAUAGAAAAUUAUUUGAUCGGAAUACAUAUAGAUGUCAUUUAUAUACAGAUUUACAUACUCUUGUCGUUAUUGUGAUCUUUCAUUUUUGUUUUUAGUUUUGAUUUUUGUUUGGUGUGCAUA